GGGGGCAAGGAAGGGGAGAAGAAGAACGGCAAGUACGAGAAGCCGCCCUUCAGUUAUAAUGCCCUGAUCAUGAUGGCCAUCCGCCAGAGCCCAGAGAAGCGCCUCACUCUCAAUGGCAUCUAUGAGUUUAUCAUGAAGAACUUUCCCUACUACCGGGAAAACAAGCAGGGCUGGCAAAACUCCAUCCGCCACAACCUGUCCCUGAACAAGUGCUUCGUCAAGGUGCCCCGCCACUAUGACGACCCCGGCAAAGGGAACUAUUGGAUGCUGGAUCCUUCUAGCGACGACGUGUUCAUCGGCGGCACAACUGGCAAAUUGCGCCGGAGAUCUACUACGUCCCGAGCUAAGCUGGCCUUCAAACGCGGGGCUAGGCUCACUUCCACUGGACUGACCUUCAUGGAUCGGGCGGGCUCUUUGUACUGGCCCAUGUCUCCCUUCCUGUCCCUGCAUCAUCCCCGGGCUAGCAGCACUUUGAGUUACAAUGGAACCACAUCCGCUUACCCCAGCCACCCAAUGCCCUACAGCUCCGUGUUGACUCAGAACUCGCUGGGCAACAACCACUCCUUUUCCACUUCCAAUGGGUUAAGUGUUGAUAGACUCGUCAAUGGGGAGAUCCCUUAUGCCACGCAUCACCUUACGGCCGCUGCCCUAGCAGCCUCUGUGCCCUGCGGGCUGUCUGUCCCCUGCUCCGGGACCUAUUCCCUAAACCCUUGCUCCGUCAAUCUGCUGGCGGGACAGACGAGUUACUUUUUCCCUCAUGUCCCUCACCCUUCAAUGACUUCUCAAAGCAGCACUUCAAUGACCGCCCGGGCCGCUUCCUCCUCCACGUCUCCGCAGGCGCCCUCCACCCUGCCCUGUGAGUCUUUAAGACCCUCUUUGCCAAGUUUUACAACGGGACUGUCUGGAGGACUUUCUGAUUAUUUCACACAUCAAAAUCAGGGGUCUUCUUCCAACCCUUUAAUACAUUAA